AUGUCGACGACUGCACCAGAGACUGCCGAGCAGGCGCCCACCGCGCCCAACACGCAAGAGACGACGACCGAUGCCGCCGCCGCCCCAGCUGAUGCCGCGGCUGUCCCCGAGGCAGUUGCGCCUGGCCCAGAGCCCAAGGCCAUUACCCGCAAGGACAUGUCUCUUCGCGAGUUCUUGACCAAGAUGGACGACUAUGCUCCCAUUAUCCCUGAUGCAGUCACAAACUACUACAUGACCAAGGCCGGCCUCCCCCCACCACCGCAGACCGACCCGCGCCUGGCGCGCCUGCUCGCCCUCGCAACGCAAAAGUUCAUAGCCGAUAUCUCUGCCGACGCAUAUCAGUACAGCCGCAUUCGCGCCUCAAACUCCAACGCCAAUAACCCCAUGGGCAACCUCGGUGCUGCGGCGGGAUUCCCCAUCCCGGGCCAACCCACAGGUCCAGCCGGCGCAAAAGACCAAAGUCGCGGAGGACCUCUUGGUAUUCAGAGACCUGGCUACGGCGGUGGUGGACAGGGCGGCAGCCAGAACAGGACCGUUCUUACCAUGGAGGAUCUCGGCAUGGCUGUCGGCGAGUACGGAGUCAACGUCAAGAGAAGCGAAUUUUAUCGAUAA